UCAAUAUGGUUCUUUGACUUUAAUUGGUGUACUGAACUUUUUCAAAUAUUUUUUUUAAAGAGAUUAUAAACAUGUCUGGAAAUGAGGGAAUGGAUAGUUUGAUUCCUAUUGUGAAUAAAUUGCAUGAUGCUUUCACUAAAUUGGGUGUGAAUUUAUCUAUUGAUUUACCUCAAAUAGCUGUCGUUGGAGGACAAAGCGCUGGGAAGAGUAGUGUUUUGGAAAAUUUUGUUGGCAGAGAUUUUCUCCCACGUGGAUCAGGUAUUGUCACAAGAAGGCCUUUGAUUUUGCAACUGAUCAAUUCUCCUCAUGAAUAUGGAGAAUUUUUGCAUGUUAAAGGCAAGACAUUUACAGAUUUUGAUGCAAUCAGGAAAGAAAUCGAAGAUGAAACAGAUAGAACUACUGGUAGCAAUAAAGGAAUUUCUCCACAUCCCAUCAAUCUUAGAGUAUAUUCUCCACAUGUAUUGAAUUUGACAUUAAUUGAUCUUCCUGGAAUGACUCGGAUACCUGUUGGGGAUCAGCCACCUGACAUUGAAAAUCAAAUUCGAGAUAUGUUGCUAACAUACAUUAGAAAAGAUAGUUGUUUAAUUUUGGCAGUAACUGCAGCAAACCAGGAUAUUGCAACAUCUGAUGCCCUUAAACUUGCAAAAGAAGUAGAUCCUGAAGGCCUUCGUACUAUUGGAGUUAUCACAAAAUUAGAUCUGAUGGAUGAAGGCACAGAUGCUCGUGAAAUUUUAGAGAAUAAACUAUUGCCAUUAAGAAGGGGUUAUAUUGGUGUUGUUAAUCGUAGCCAGAAAGAUAUAGAGGGUAAAAAAGACAUCAAAGCUGCAAUUGCUGCAGAGAGACGUUUCUUUUUAAGUCAUCCGGCAUAUAGGCAUAUGGCUGAUCGAAUGGGCACUCCAUACUUACAAAGGGUUUUGAAUCAACAAUUAACAAAUCACAUUCGUGAUACUUUGCCUUCAUUAAGAGAAAAACUUGAGAAGCAAAAAAAUGCUUUAGAGAAGGAAGUUGAAGAAUAUAAGCAUUUUUCUGCUGAUGACCCAUCUAUUAAAACAAAAGCCAUGUUGAUGAUGAUUCAGCAAAUGCAGACGGAUUUUGAAAGGAAUAUCGAAGGUUCUGGAUCUACUUCCAUAGACACUCAUCAGCUCACUGGAGGAGCAAAAAUUAAUCGCCUCUUCCAUGAAAGAUUUCCAUUCGAGAUUGUGAAGAUGGAAUUUGAUGAGAAAGAAUUGAGACGUGAAAUAGCAUUUGCCAUCCGAAACAUUCAUGGUAUUAGAGUUGGUUUGUUCACACCUGACAUGGCAUUUGAAGCUAUUGUGAAAAAGCAAAUAUCAAAGUUAAAAGAACCAUCAUUAAAAUGUGUUGAUUUAGUGGUCGGUGAAUUAGCAAAUGUAGUGAGAGCAUGUGCUUCUAAAAUGAAUCGGUAUCCUAAUUUGCGGGAGGAAAUUGAGAGAAUUAUUACUACACACAUUCGAGACUGUGAACAGAAGACAAAACAACAAAUAUCUCUCUUAGUUGAGGUUGAGUUAGCUUAUAUGAAUACCAAUCAUGAAGACUUCAUUGGUUUCACAAACCUAGAGCUCUAUACUGGAGGUGCUCAAGUAAAUGCUGAAGCUAAUGCAGGCAAGCGAAAACUUGGAAAUCAAGUCAUCAGAAAAGGCUGGAUGUGUAUUCAUAAUUUAGGUAUCAUGAAAGGAGGCUCUAGAGAUUAUUGGUUUGUACUAACCUCAGAGCUCCUCACAUGGUAUAAAGAUGAAGAGGAAAAAGACAGAAAAUAUAUGUUGCCCUUAGAUGGUUUGAAAAUUAAAGAUAUCGAAGCUGGAUUUAUGUCUCGUAGACACACAUUUGCUCUUUUUAAUCCUGAUCAAAGGAAUGUGUUUAAAGAUUAUAAACAGUUGGAAUUGUCUUGUGAAAGUCAAGAAGAAGUUGACAGUUGGAAAGCCUCUUUCUUAAGGGCAGGUGUUUAUCCUGAAAGAUCUUCACAUACAAAUGGUGAAGUUGAAGAAAAUGACAGCACUACCUCUUUGGAUCCACAGUUGGAGCGCCAAGUUGAAACAAUUCGAAAUCUUGUGGAUUCAUAUAUGAAAAUAAUAACAAAAACAUUUAGAGAUCUUGUACCAAAGUUUAUUAUGCAUUUAACUAUAAAUAAUACAAAGAACUUCAUAUACACUGAUCUUUUAGCUAACUUAUAUGCAUCUUGUGAUCAGUCAACUUUGAUGGAAGAAUCAGCAGAAGAAUCUCGUAAAAGAGAAGAAAUUUUAAAGCUAUAUCAAGCUUGCAAAGAAGCUCUUUACAUUAUAAGUGAUGUGUCUAUGAAAACUUCAUAUCAGCCAUUGCCCCCGCCUGUGAAAGAUAGUUGGAUGCCACCUGAUUCACCAGGGUCAUCCAGACGAAACACCUCCCGUGCUCCACCUCCUCCACCUGCAAACAAUAAGCCAGCACCUAUUCUCCCUAGUAGGCCAGAACCUAGUGGUCCAAACAGACCACCUCCUGCAGCUCCACCAAGAAUUGCUCCUGGAGGCCUUCCUCCUCCAUUAAUCCCAACCCGAGGCAGUGGUGGAAGUGCUCCCUCUAUACCCCCACGUCCAUGAUGUCUUCCCUGUGUGCUUUACAUCUUCUAAACAGUCUGCUUUGCACUCAUCAAGCAACUUAAUAAUUUGUGACUAAUAUCAUUUCUUCUGUAGUUAUUAGCAGGGAUGAUUGGAUUUCUGUGAUAGUAUAAAAGAGCUCUUUACUUUUAAAUUCAAACCGGUGAAACCCCUUUUCCCCAUACCCUUACUACUUCCACUGCUGACAUAAAAAAUAUACUACAGUAAUUAGGUAGCUAUGUGUGUAUGAAUUAAGUUUAAUUACGAUUUCACAUACAAGUGAAAUGAAAUUUUUCAGUUUUAACUCAUCUUAUUUAAAUAUUAUUCUUUAAUAAUUCCACAAUCAUCCCUGCUGUUUGAAACUGUACAUAACUUUUGUAUAAAGCUCCUAGUUAUUUAAAACUAACUAUUGCAUGUGUCUGGUUCUUCUGUCUCUUGCUUUAUUACAUUACUUACAAUCGUAAUUUUCGCUUCCGAUCUUUUUUUUAAUGUUAGCUGCUUAAUCGAAUAAUGUGAUGUUAUUUCAAUAACUGUUGCUUAUUUUAUAUAAAAUUGUGCUCGUGUGCUUAUAAAAACCAUCAUAAUCUUAAUCGUGUGAUGUUUUUGACAUGUUGUUAUAUAUGUAGAAAUAUUUUUGCUUUUCUGAAUAUUCUGAAAUUAUUUGUAUUGUCUUUAUUUUGUGGUUUAUAUAUUUUGUGGUGUGUGUGUUUAAAUAUAUGUAUUUGUAAUGCAAUACUUCUAGAAAUUUCUUUUAUCCAUAUGAUAAGCAUGAGAGUUUUUUUUUUUAAUUAGCAAUAUUAUAUGUAUAGUUGACAAUUUGUAUAAACAAUACAUAAUUUUCUCCCCAUUAAAUUUGUAAACUUCUCCUUAUUUUUCAACUUUUGAAAUUUAAUUAUUCAAAAUUUGUUUAGUUAAAGGAUAAAUAGUACGAAUUGGAUAAAUAUGUGCAAAAUAUAAUUUUGUCUUGAAAAUUCUUAUAGUUCAUGUACUCAUAGUAAGAAUAUCAAUUUGAAAAGUGUUGAUCUUUUAUUGAAUCUCUUAUUUAUUGAUCUGUUAUUGAAAUACUUUGUCCUGAAAGAAAUUAAUUUUCAUAAAUAUUUUUUUUUAACAUAACUUCUCUGUGUGCAAUAUUGUAGAAGACAUUCUUGCAUUAUUUCCAUUUGUGUGGAUUAUAAUGAGCUAUUGAAACACAUAUUUAUCUGAAAAUAAAAUAUUUAGCUCUAACAAAAUGAUUGACUUUUAGAAACUUGUAAGUUUGUACUGGAAUGCUAAAAAAAAUGAGACUUAAAGUGAGCUUGAAGCAUUAAAAAACUUAAGGGUUAUUUUAUAAUUAAACUUUUAUGAAACUCAAACGUCCAAAGAAGCAAUAAUUAAUACAUGUGAGAUUUUUUUUUAUGCCAAUGAAGAAGUUUUAAUCAAAAAAUAUAUGUUUAUUACCUUACAGUAUUAUGUAUGCAUUAAGAAAGUGGUAUUGUAUAUAUAUAUAUAUAUUCGUUUUUUUUUUCAUAUGAUUUAAUAUUUAUCUUUAUAGUUAGUAUCUUAUUUCUACUUUAAUCAUGUUUUUACAUAUUUUUUUAUUCGUAGUGUAAACAUGUCCUUUGUUUGAGUUUGGAAAUACUAAUGAGAUUUAACUAAUAAUUUUCAUCUGCUUUCAUUUGAUAGUACUAUUUUAUUAAAGAUAAAUAGCGAUAAGAAAUUAAUUUCUAAAAUUUUUGUCAACUUCAAAACAUUUUUUUUUUUUUUUUUUGUAGUUAUUCUAAAUUGCCUUAAACAGUGUUAGAUUUGUUCAUUAAAAAUUUAAGUUUGAAUUAAAAUGUUGUAUUUGAUGUUUUUUUAUUUGCUUUGCUGUUAGAACCAAAUCACAUUUAUUUUAAAGUAACUUUACUUUCUAGCAUUCUAAUGUAAAGUAUGAAAUUUUCGAAAAUGUGCUAUUUUAGACAUUUUAUAUUAUUAAAGUGAAAGAUAUGUCAACUCCUUGUAAGCAAAAUAUUUUUAAUGAGUUUUUCAAAAAGUUUUGUUCAUCAGUUAUUGUCAAUCCAUAAAAAUGAGGCAUUCAGAAUUAACUGAACAAUAUUAAAGUCAUAAAUCAUUAUUGCCUCUCCAUUUAAAAAAUUAAUUCACUUAAGAGAUUACUGCUCAUAUGGUUAAAUAUUUUAAGCAUGCAUUUGGUAUAGAUCGAAAAUUAGAAUAACAAUAUUUAAUAUAUAUAUAUAUACUUAAGAAAAGGACUUUCUCCAUUUUUAAUUAAAAAGGUUACUAAAAAGAAAUUCUGGUUGUUGUUUUCCCCAAAAAUAUAAGCAUAAAUUCUGAAAAUUUCAUUGCAAGAACUGUAGUUAAAUAAUUUAUGCAGCUUGAAUAAGCUUUCAAAUUUUGAUUUGGUGUGUUAAAAAAUAAUUAAUUCAUAUAUAAAUUUUCAAAAAUAUUUUAGAAAACUUUUUAAUUUAAUAUAUAAAGUCUAGUGGAGUUAAUAGAAUUUUCAAUAAAAGUUAAUUUUUCAUGGAUAUUACUAUUCUUGUACAUGUACUGAUUUGAAUACUUCAUUUAUAAUUUUUGUAAUUUUUUGUACAUUUAUAAUUAAAAAUAUGAGCUGUGUUAUAACUGCUGCCAUCCAUAGAAAGUGCCUGUGCUGAGAUUAGAUGAAUUUUUGUGUGAAGCAUUUUAAAACGUUUGAUAAAGAAAUUUAAAAAUGGUUACUUUUUAUUAACUCAAAGUGUUUUCUUAAUAUUUAACAUUGUAAAAAAAAUUAGUAUCUUAAUUUACUAUUUAAACUAUUUAAACUUUACAUUGUUGUAUGAAAUGCUGUUGUACAGUUUUCUUAAUAGCUAAUAAAAUGCAAUAUUAAAAUA